UGUGGACAGACUAAUCAAAGAUGGCUGACGUUCCACAAGAUGCUCCUGAUCAUUGUCCAGGAACGGAAAGCGAUAAGGCAGGAAAGGCCUCUGCAUGUCAAGGAUGUCCAAAUCAGUCAAUAUGUGCAUCAAGUAAACCAGUAGGGCCUGACCCUGAUCUUGGUAAAAUAAAAGAAAGAUUGUCGUCAGUAAAACACAAGGUUCUUGUACUAUCUGGCAAAGGAGGUGUCGGCAAAAGCACAUUCACAGCUCACCUCGCACAUGGUCUGGCAGGGGAUGAAAACAGACAGGUGGCUGUAUUAGAUGUYGAUAUUUGUGGCCCAUCAAUUCCAACUGUGUUUGGGCUUCAAGGAGAACAGGUACAUCAAAGUGGAUCUGGCUGGUCACCAGUGUACAUUGAGGAUAAUCUAGCAGUAAUGUCUGUAGGAUUCUUGCUUGAAAAACCUUCCGAUGCUGUUAUAUGGAGAGGACCAAAGAAAAAUGGUCUCAUUAAGCAGUUCUUAAGAGAUGUUGACUGGGGUGACAUCGAUUAUCUAGUAAUAGACACUCCUCCUGGUACAUCUGAUGAGCACCUGUCAAUCAUUCAGUAUUUAAAACCAGCUGGUAUUGAUGGAGCUGUUGUUAUCACAACACCACAGGAAGUUUCUCUACUCGAUGUCCGUAAAGAGAUCAAUUUUUGCAAGAAAGUCAAUCUUCCUGUCAUUGGUGUGGUGGAAAAYAUGAGCGCAUUUGUAUGUCCAAACUGUAAGAAAGAAUCACAGAUAUUCCCUCCAAGUACUGGAGGUGCUGAAAAAAUGGCAGAAGAAAUGAAAGUCCCUUUCUUAGGAAGAAUUCCUCUAGAUCCAAGAAUAGGGAAAUCCUGUGACGAGGGAAAAUCAUUUUUUACUGAAAUACCAGAUUCACCAGCAGCUAAAGCCUACAUGAACGUAAUACAAAAUGUUAUAGAAUAUUGUUCUUCGGGAUCUUCCACUUGAUCUUGAUGUCCACCUUUAAUUAAACGUAUGUGUAAGAGUAAAUGGAGUGUGAUCGUCCGUAGAUGGUCGUAUCAAAUCAAUUUUGAGGUCCCGCUUUGCGCUAAAGAUCAAAGUCAAAUAGAUAAAAAGGAGAAGCUUUCCUCUCUAGUCCAAUUCCAUUCGUACUUUUUCGUUCGUAUUGAAUUCAAAAUUAUUUCUACCAUCCUGGAAAAAAACACCAUUUUAUCUUAUAACGUGGUUAAUAGUUAUUCUUAAAUUUUUUUAUCUAAAACCGUAAAACACUAGAGUAGAGGGUCCCGAAGGGCUAAAAUGGAAGCUGGGAUUCCCCUUUUUGGAGCUGGGUAAAUGGGAUUUUAUGCACYGUAAAUGGGAUUCAUAAACAAAGAAAAAGCAAUCAAAAAUAGGAAUGGGAUUGAGAUUUGAGCAAAACAUAGGCUGGGACUAUGGGAUUUGGUCAAAAUGGGGGCUGGAAAUGGGAUUUGGACCUCCCUYCAGGACCCUGCUAGUAAUAUGGAAGUUUAGAUGUGUUGAUAAAUGAACCGAAGACUAAUUACUACCAUUAUCGUUUAAGUGCCACCAGCUAAGUUUGAUGUGUCGUUCGCCGACUAGCAUUCAUUUAAUUGCAGUUCUUUGAUUGACAGUCGUUAAGAUGCUAGUCAGCGAAAGAGACAUCAAACUUCUACGGUAAUGGUAAUAAUGAUAACUGAUACUGUGUCAGUAUGCUAUCGUCAUCCUUAUCAUUAUUAUCUUUUUUUGAUGUGAAAUGUGAUCGUCGGGGUGAGUGUAGUCUUGAGAAAGACUGUUGUUGGUUCUUCAGAGUCCAGUGUCUCGWUUUCUCACCGUUUCUUCACAACAAACUUCAACACCUUGGUACAAACCAKUUACUCUUAUUAUCUUUUUUGUUGGUCAGAAAUAGAAGUAUUGUUAUGCUUUUUCAUAUCUUACUGUAACAGCUGYUAAAGUUUUCUGUGAAUUCUACAUUUGGCUUGUAGGCGAAAUUAAACGCGAUUUACUUAGGAAUUUCCAUUCA